AUGGAGGAUGCAGAGGCCAAAGAGAUAAUUGAUCAACUGAAUAAUGAACUCGUAGAAAAGAGACAGAGACUCCAGGAAACUGAAACUGGGGAGGAGGAGGCAGAAAGUGAAUCUGAUGAGAAUGCAAUUAACUCUAGAUGGAAAGUGCCAGAGAAGGAAGAAGAGCUACACACUGUAGGGCCAAAUAGAGACAACAUUAUAAUGGACAAGGAUAGCACUGAGGUGAAAAAUGAUGUUGACCAACCAGAAAAAAAUAUUGAGGUUGGGAUACAAAUAGAGAAAGUAGAGAAAGAAGAGCAUUCAGUGGAACCUUUGGACAGUGGAAUGGUUACUGGGCGGCCAAACCCUAGGCGGCGAAACCCUAGGGCGGCCGAGCCCGAGCCGAAGAGGCUGCGGCCUCCACGGAGGACGCAGGCCCCUCGGCCUCCACUUACAGUGGAGUCGGGGGUUCUGCGCCUUCCGUGGGGGUCGCAGGCCCUUCGGCUCCCCACACAGUGGCGCCGGGAGGGACUGUGGCCUCCAUGGGAGACGCAGUCCCCUCGGCCCCCACUGUGUGUGGGCACCGAAAGAACUGCGAGCGGCGCGCGGGGAGGGGCGGGGCGGCCAAACCCUAGGCGGCGAAACCCUAGGGCGGCCGAGCCCGAGCCGAAGAGGUUGCGGCCUCCACGGAGGACGCAGGCCCCUCGGCCUCCACUUACAGUGGAGUCGGGGGUUCUGCGCCUUCCGUGGGGGUCGCAGGCCCUUCGGCUCCCCACACAGUGGCGCCGGGAGGGACUGUGGCCUCCAUGGGAGACGCAGUCCCCUCGGCCCCCACUGUGUGUGGGCACCGAAAGAACUGCGAGCGGCGCGCGGGGAGGGGCGGGUUGA